GGGUAUACUGGUACUCCUAGAUACGUAGUAUUGAAGGCAGGGCUUUUAAGAUUUUCAACUUUCACCUCCUCCCAGCCUCUCCAUCGCGCUCCUCUCCUCCCUUUACCUGACUUUAAAAACGACGACCCCUUAAUCCCUGUCCCUGAUAUCUGCUCUUCUUCAAUCUGCGCUCACUAUCCCAGCGCCGUUGGAUGUCAGAUUCGUUCUCAUAACCGCUCAAACCUUGAUUGUGUUACGUACAAGUCUAACUUAGACAAGAUACCAUGAUUAAGUUGUUUAAGGUGAAGGAAAAACAGAGAGAGCUUGCUGAAAAUGCAAAUGGAAAGCCCCCGGUGAAGAAGCAAAGUGCAGGAGAACUGCGACUUCACAAAGAUAUAAGUGAGUUAAAUCUACCAGAGACAUGUAGUAUAGCAUUCCCUAAUGGAAAAGAUGAUUUGAUGAAUUUUGAGGUUACCAUUAGGCCUGAUGAGGGGUACUACUUAGGUGGAAAGUUCAUAUUCUCCUUCCAAAUAUCAUCUGUAUACCCUCAUGAAGCCCCAAAGGUCAAAUGCAAGACAAAGGUUUACCACCCAAACAUUGACUUGGAGGGAAAUGUGUGUCUUAACAUUCUCCGAGAAGACUGGAAACCGGUGUUGAACAUUAACACAAUAAUUUAUGGGCUGUAUCAUCUCCUCACGGAACCAAACCAUGAUGAUCCUCUCAAUCCAGAUGCAGCCGUGGUGCUGAGGGACAACCCGAAGUUGUUUGAAUCCAAUGUGAGAAGGGCGAUGUCGGGAGGCUACGUUGGACAGACAUACUUUCCCCGUAGCCUCUAGGGUUCAGAGGAAAAAAAACUUUGCCAUGUGAUAGUUUCUCUAAAAUAUAGAUUCAAUGCACCUCUCUCUCACCCUCCCUUCAGUUUCAUGCAUAAAUGAGACCCUGCAGAUUGUGUCCGCGCAUAUGGCUUUCUUUGGGUGAAUUGUUAUUAUUUGUAAGAAUGUCAACCGUUCAACUCUCUCGAUGACUUUUUCUUAUGAAGUGUGUGUGGCUGGUCCACUUGUAAUCAUUCCUGCAUUGCGUCAGGUACUAUUAAUUUAAACUAUUUGUUCUGUUGUUAUUAAAUAUUUUAAGGGAAAAGGAUCAAAUAAGUUGUUCUAUUCCCUCAAAAUCAUCACUUAAGUGUGUACUUAAAUAAUAGAUGUCAUAUACAUCAAUGAUCAAUCUACUCAUGGAAAAUUAUCAGUAAAACCAUGACCUGAAUGUGACUUGUUCUAGGCUUCUAGCUGUUUUUUUUACUUAUGUGGUAACGUGGCAUUUAUUUUUAUUAUCC